AGAGGAGAAGAGAGAGAAAGAGAGAGAGACAGAGCAGGACAAUCCGAAGCUCAAAAAUGCCUCCCAACUUCGCCGGCACCUGGAAAAUGAAAAGCAGUGAGAAUUUCGAUGAACUUCUGAAAGCUCUCGGCGUAAACGCGAUGCUCCGGAAAGUAGCGGGCGCCGCUGCAGCAAAACCGCAUGUGGAGAUUCGACAGGACGGAGAGCAGUUUUACAUCAAGACCUCCACCACUGUCCGCACCACUGAAAUCAACUUUCGCGUCGGAGAGGAGUUUGACGAGGAGACGGUGGAUGGCAGAAAGUGUAAGAGUUUGGCCACGUGGGAGACUGAGAAUAAAAUGUACUGCAAACAGACGCUGGUGGACGGAGACGGACCCGUGACAUACUGGAGUCGAGAACUGCGUGGAGACGAACUCAUCCUGAUCUUCGGGGCCGACGACGUGGUUUGCACGCGGAUUUACGUACGAGAAUGAGGGCGAAUCGGCGACAAACGCAAAACCCAGCAGCUCUGCAUCCCAAGAAAACUUCUGUCUAGAAAACCCAGAAAACUUCAUUGCAUGUUAGGGCGGUAAACAUGCAUCCGUACAAGUGCAAUGUGGGAUUUCAAUUCUCAGCCAUUGCUGUAGUCAUCGUUCUGUUUCUUUCUCUCUCUCUUUGUCCAUUUCUGGCACAGAUCUGUGUACUGCAAAGAUAAACAGUAAUAAAAAAAAAUGGAAUCGAA